GUCCGCGCUGAUGCUGCUCGCUGUCCUGGAGGCGUGCGGCAUGUUGUCACCCCGCCACUGAACGCUGCUCCUGUUUUUAUAUCUCUGCCCAACUCCCAGCAGGGUUGAAAAAGCCUCCGGGCUCAGACCCAACAUGGGUUAGAGAGAAAAGCCACCUAUGGAUUAUCCACUUUGUGUACUUCAGCGGAGGAUGAUGGAGGGCAGCAUGGACUUGUUUCCGGAGACGCGCUGACAAAGACUGGAUCUGAGGCAGCGCAGACCGGGAUCCGCUCGCUGUUUCGCUUUUGCAUCUUUAUCCCCCCUCCCCUCCCUCUUCCCUCUUCCCUCCCCAGUGUUUUUGUGUUUAUUUUGUAUUGUUUUCUGAAGUGAGUGGGAGACAGAGAUGUUGGCAGAAGUGCUGUGCGGCGCCGUGGCUCUGGUCCUGUAUGUCAACACGCUGGGCGCAGAUUUCUGCUACGAUGACAGCCGUGCAAUCAAGACCAAUCAGGACCUGCUUCCAGAGACCCCCUGGACCAACAUCUUUUACGAUGACUUCUGGGGCACCUUACUCACACACAGUGGCAGCCAUAAGUCUUACCGCCCCUUAUGCACCCUCUCCUUCCGCCUUAACUGCGCCGUGGGUGGGCUGGAGCCUUGGAGUUACCACUUGGUCAAUGUGGUCCUCCACGGCCUCGUGACCAUCCUGUUUACCUCUCUGGCUCGCCUGCUGCUCGGGGGAGGACUGUGGAGCCUCCUGGCUGGCCUGCUGUUUGCUUCGCACCCUAUCCACACCGAGGCGGUGGCGGGCGUCGUUGGGCGAGCCGAUGAGGGCGCUGCCCUGUUCUUCUUGCUGUCCCUGCUGUGUUACAUACACCACUGUAGGCUACGGGGGCACGCCGGGUCCUUGCGGCUCACGACGUGGUUCCUGAGUAGCUUGGGCUGCGCUGCGUGCAGCAUGCUGUGGAAGGAGCUGGGAGUGACCGUCCUGGCUGUCUCAGCGCUCUACGACGUCUGUGUGUUUCACAGGCUUAAACUGCGACAGGUCAUCAUGCUCUUCUACAAGAGGAAGAACAUCCAUCUGCUCCUGAAUGUGUUUUUGCUGGCAGCGUGGGGAGUCGUCCUAUUGGGCUGCCGCUUCUACUGGAUGGGCAACAAACCGCCGAACUUCUCCAACUCUGAUAACCCAGCCGCCGACUCACCCUCACUCCUCACCAGGACCCUCACCUUUUUCUACCUACCUGCCUUUAACUUUUGGCUCCUCCUCUGCCCAGAUACACUCAGUUUUGAUUGGUCAAUGGAUGCCUUGCCUCUAAUCAGGAGCCUUGCUGAUUGGAGGAACAUUCAUACGGUCGUCUUCUACUUGGGUUUGCUGUCGCUUGCUUGGUUUGCUCUGUAUAGCCAGCAGACAGCCAAGGGUAAAGAUGCCAACGGAAAAUCAUUUCAUUACAUUAAUGGGAGAAAUGGGAACAGCAAUGGAUACAGUCACCAGUGUAACAACCAUGAACACAUCAGCAACUCUCAUAUAGAUACUCACUUUAAUAGUGCUCAAAAUGGCACCAAAAAACACGAUGAGAGCAGGACUCAACUGCCUACCAGCGAAAAUGUGAUCGUGUUCUCCCUUGGUCUCAUGGCUAUCCCUUUCCUACCUGCCACAAACGUGUUCUUCUAUGUGGGAUUUGUGAUCGCGGAGAGAGUCCUGUACAUCCCUAGCAUGGGCUUUUGCCUGCUGGUUGCAGUGGGGCUGAGGUGCCUGUACAUUCGAUUGCGACGGCGGUCCUCCAGGAUGAUGCUCGUGUACUGCAGUGCAGCACUGAUUCUACUUUUUGGUGUCAAAACUGUUUUGAGGAACCGGGAUUGGCAGAAUGAAGAGAUGCUCUACAAGUCAGGGAUUUACGUUAACCCUGCUAAAGCAUGGGGCAACCUGGGAAAUGUCUUGAAGAGCCAAGGCAAGAUGGAGAAGGCUGAACAAGCUUACAGAAAUGCUCUGUAUUACCGCAGUAACAUGGCUGACAUGCUGUAUAACCUCGGUUUGCUGCUCCAGGAGAGCAACAAGUUCUCAGAGGCCCUCCACUACUAUAAGCUGGCCAUUGGGAGCCGGCCAACUCUGGCUUCGGCCUACUUGAACACAGGCAUCAUUCUGAUGAGUCAGGGUCAUCCAGACGAAGCCAAGCGCACCUUCCUCACAUGUGCAGAUAUCCCCGAUGAGAACCUGAAGGACCCCCACGCCCACAAGACCUCCGUCACCAGCUGCCUGUACAACCUGGGCAAGCUGCUGCAUGAGCAGGGACAUCAGGAGGAGGCCAUCUCUGUGUUUAAAGAAGCAAUACAGAAAAUGCCAAGACAAUUUGCACCCCAGAGCCUCUACAACAUGAUGGGAGAGGCCUACAUCCGACUGAACAGGCUGACUGAAGCAGAACACUGGUACAGAGAGUCCCUCCGAGUCAAGCCGGACCACAUCCCUGCUCACCUCACCUAUGGAAAACUCCUCUCUAUGACGGGCCAGAAAACAGAAGCGGAGAGGUACUUCCUAAAGGCCAUCCAACUCGAUCCCACAAAAGGCAACUGUUACAUGCAUUAUGGUCAGUUUUUAUUGGAAGAGUCACGGCUGCUGGAAGCAGCAGAGAUGGCAAAGAAAGCUGCACGUCUCGACGGCGGGGAGUUUGACGUGGUCUUCAGUGCAGCCCACAUGCUCAGACAAGCCAACCUAAACGACGCAGCCGAGAAGUAUUACGGACAAGCAGCAAGCCUGAGACCCAACUACCCUGCCGCCUUGAUGAACCUCGGAGCAAUCCUCCACCUCAAUGGGAAACUGCUAGAAGCCGAAGCCAAUUACCUCCGAGCACUCCAGCUGAAACCAGAUGACUCCAUCACCCAGUCAAAUCUGCGUAAGCUGUGGAACAUCAUGGAGAAGCAGGGCCUGAAGACCACCAGCCCCUGACUUCUCCCAGCUCGCCUACUCUGCCAUCUGUACGCCAGACCCCGAGGGAAGCGAUAGCCUCCGCGCUCCUGAUUCCCUCCUCACACCCACGAGAGGUGGAAGACGCUGAGGGAGGAUGUUUGCGCAGCGAGGCCGUGACUGUACCGCACAACCCUCCUCAUGACUUCUGAGCUCUGCAAACACCUCAGGCCAGCGGCUUUCUUCAAUAUUGCUUACACUUAGGCAGGCGCUACGUGGUAUUUAGACUCUAAGAACUUUUUUCAGAAUCACUGCACUCGCAAAAUCCUUUUUAUUUUUCUUGUAGAGCACUUGAAGUAAGACCACAGGUACAUCCUUACAGCAGUGUGGGAUAUAAUGAAAAGGGUGAAGAACAAGACUCUUGAGUGCUUCAUUGAAAGUUUUUAUCAGUUCUUGGUGUAGCUCGCUAUUCCAUCUUGAAAAUGAAGGAAAGAUGAUCAGAUGAAGAAUGAAUGCCAUCUAAAAUCUGCAGAUAAAUCAUUGUGUUUACAGCAUAUCACUUAAAUUUCCCAUCCGUUCAUUGUUUCACAUCCACGAUGGGUCACUUGUAUUUGCUCUUGAGAUCUCACACACUUCAUAAUGAAGUUAUGAAAAUUUGUAGCAUUAUUAAAAAGCGUUUGUAGCAGAUGACCUGAUAUUCAGUGUGAAGUUGAAAAGGGAAUUUAAUUUGUUAGCCAUUUUGGAAGAAAACGCCUAUAAAAGCUCCUGAAAGGCAGACUUUUACCAGAUACAGCAUGUUAUAUCAGACAUUUAAAAAAAAAAAAAAAAGACCUAAAAUCUUAAAUCACUACAUUUUCUGAUUUUGCUUAAGAGGACAUGAUAACCUUUUUUUGUCCAGUGAGAACUGGGAAUAAAUGGAGCAAAAAGCCUCUUUUGUGACAAUAAUAAAAAACAAGCCAGAUAUCUCAGUGUUUAGAUACACAGCCUUCCCACUUCCCUGAGCUCUCACUGGGAGGUGUGUGCUGAGUUGCACCAGAUGAGUCAUUCUAGUCAAAUACAAAAGUUAUGCUGAUGCACAACUUCUCAUCAGAGGGCAACGCACAGUCGCAGUGCAUUGGAGGGAAAUGUUUUAAUGCCUUUGAAUAAAGCUUUGUCAUUGUGUUUCUAUAAAUGAAUCCUAAUAUAUACCUGCAACAUGUAUAGUAAGAAGUGGAAGAGUAGCCAGAAGUAAACUGAGGGCUCAGUUACUGAACAACUUUGGUUUGAUAACACAUUUCCAGUACUGUUAAAACAUUAUUUUGUACAUAUUUUGUGCAUUUAACAUCAAAUUGUUUAUUGUUGUCAACAAACAGUAAGUGAAACGGCACCUUCCCGAAGAUUAGCGCUAGUACACUAUUUUUGUUUGUUGUCGGCCACAGUCCUCCCUGUGUAUCUUUGUCUUUUUUUUUUUAUCGCAUAGUAAAAUGAUCGCUCUGUGUUGCCUAGCAACAGAACCAGCUGGAACUGUGUUUUUGCAUAUGAAAUGAAGGAAGUUAGAUGUUGUUAGUUAUACUUUUGUGGUCAUCACUGAGUGAGAUCUUCAACAACAAAUGUGUUAAAUCUGAAAUGGAGGGCGAAGAUUUUGAAACGUGUGACUUGCUGCACUUAUAAUGCUGUCACCACUGUUUUGUUAAGUAUGAUGGGAAAUGUUAAAGCAGCACAAAGGAACAUCUCCAGUUUUUAGUUUAGAGGCUUCCCCUGUGGGCAUGAAGGUUAUGUUGCUUUCACAACAUCAACACUUACUCUUUCUCUUCCAUCACUACUGUCUGAAUAUCAUAGUCAACUUUUGCAAUGAUGUCAACUGUAGGUCUGCGAGAAAGCUUCGUCAUUUUAGUCCGUCACUUACGAAGGUUUUUGUUGAUAGUAGGGAUGGAAAACUGCAGAAACUGGACAAUUCUUCCUGAAAGUGAUCAAAUAUCCCUUCAACUGAAACUGAAACUAAUGUUUUGAAGGAAAAUGAUAAUCUUAAUAAUUCUUUUUUGCUGCUUUAAGUGAGUUAUCACAGUUCUCAUUUCUUACCCAAUGCUUCACACAUACAGUCAAAACAUACUGAUUCAUUGUGUGUGUAUAUAUAUUCAUAGAUAUAAAAAAAGAAAGUGUUUAUGAAAAAAACACAUAUUUGUGAUUGCUUGAGGGAAGGUUUAAAAAAAAUAAAGUGUUUCACUGUGUGUCUGCUCAGGGAUCUCAAGCAGUGGGUUAUCGUAGAAAUUUGUUCAUGGAGCGUUUACUAAAUUAAAAUGUAUUUUUGAAAGUUGUUGUAUUUGUAUAAAUUAUCAAGAUUUGUAGCCCUUUUCUCCUUUUUGUAAUAUAAAAACUGAAAAAUGUGCCAGAAUAGACACUUUUUUUCUUCCCAAUGUUGCUUUUUUUCUUUUUUUUUCACAAUAAAUCUAUGGUGUUCUUCUC